AUGAUUGACGAGCCGUACGUAACUCACGUUCCGACGGGUACGGGAGGGAUCGGGUAUAAGGAGUUGCACGCCUUCUAUACCGAGCAUUUCAUACCGCGGAACCCGCCGAGCCUACGGAUGAAGCCUAUAUCGAGGACAGUGGGCGCUGAGAGGGUGGUUGAUGAGCUGGUUGCGACUUUUAGGCAUGAUCAGGUCAUGGACUGGAUGUUGCCGGGGGUGCCACCGACGGGGAGGGAGGUGGAGGUGUGGCCAUAUUUACUGGAUCAAGCUACAGUGCUUGUGCAGAUCGGCCUGCUCGAUCCGAAGUUGUUGCCAGUUAUGGGAGCGGAAUCAGCAAGGAAG